GGAGCGGCGGCCGUAAAGGAAGCCGUUCCCUCUUCCCCCCCGGCUGUCGCGAACCAGUGAAUGGGCAGCGUGGAGGGGGGCGCGCGCGCGGAGUCGGCGCGGCGGCGGCGGGGAGCAGCGAGGCGGCGGGGCCAAGAUGGACCCCAACCGGAUCAUCCAGGCCCUGAAGGGCACCAUCGACCCCAAGCUCCGGAUCGCGGCGGAGAAUGAGCUCAACCAGUCCUACAAGAUUAUUAAUUUUGCCCCGAGCCUACUUCAGAUUAUCGUCUCAGAACAAGUUGAAUUUCCCGUCCGCCAAGCAGCUGCCAUUUACCUGAAGAACAUGGUGACGCAGUAUUGGCCGGACCGCGAACCUCCCCCUGGAGAGGCAAUCUUCCCCUUCAACAUUCACGAGAACGAUCGCCAGCAGAUCCGCGAUAACAUCGUGGAAGGAAUCAUUCGCUCCCCGGACUUAGUGAGGGUCCAGUUAACAAUGUGCCUCCGUGCUAUCAUUAAGCAUGACUUUCCUGGUCACUGGACAGCAGUAGUUGACAAAAUAGGCUAUUACUUGCAAUCUCAGAGCAGCGGGAGCUGGCUCGGAAGCUUACUGUGUCUAUAUCAGCUGGUGAAGACAUACGAAUACAAAAAAGCAGAGGACCGAGAACCUCUCAUAGCAGCGAUGCAAAUAUUCCUGCCUCGGAUUCAGCAGCAGAUCAUCCAACUCCUUCCUGACCCCUCUCAUUACUCUGUACUACUUCAGAAACAGAUUCUGAAGAUUUUCUAUGCACUUGUCCAGUAUGCAUUACCACUUCAGCUGGUGAAUAACCAAACCAUGACUCAGUGGAUGGAGAUCUUCCGCACUAUCAUCGACCGAAUGGUGCCUCCUGAGACUUUACAGAUCGACGAAGAUGACAGACCAGAACUGGUGUGGUGGAAGUGCAAGAAAUGGGCACUUCAUAUAGUAGCUCGCCUUUUUGAACGGUAUGGAAGCCCCGGAAAUGUGACAAAAGAAUAUUUUGAAUUUUCAGAAUUCUUUUUAAAAACGUACGCAGUAGGAAUUCAGCAGGUGCUCUUAAAAAUUCUUGACCAGUAUCGGCAAAAAGAAUACGUAGCCCCGCGAGUUCUUCAGCAGACACUGAACUACCUGAACCAAGGAGUCGUUCAUUCCGUCACCUGGAAGCAGAUGAAGCCGCAUAUUCAGAAUAUAUCCGAAGAGGUCAUUUUCUCCGUGAUGUGCUACAAGGAUGAGGAUGAGGAGUUGUGGCAAGAGGAUCCGUAUGAAUAUAUUCGCAUGAAAUUUGAUGUGUUUGAAGACUAUGCUUCUCCUACGACGGCGGCCCAGAAUUUCUUAUAUACUGCAGCAAAGAAAAGAAAGGAGGUGUUGCCCAAAAUGAUGGCGUUUUGUUAUAAAAUCCUAACAGAUCCCAACUUUGACCCCAGGAAGGAAGACGGAGCCCUGCAUGUCAUAGGAUCCUUAGCCGACAUUUUGCUGAAGAAAAGCAUAUUCAAGGAUCAAAUGGAGUUGAUGCUGCAGAAUCACGUGUUUCCAUUGUUCUUGUCUAACCUAGGAUAUCUCAGAGCAAGGUCCUGUUGGGUUCUCCACUCAUUCAGCGCCCUGAAAUUCCACAACGAGAUCAACCUAAGAAACGCGGUGGAACUAGCCAAGAAGAGCCUGAUCGAAGAUAAGGAAAUGCCCGUCAAGGUCGAAGCCGCCAUAGCUCUGCAGUCGCUGAUUAGUAACCAGGAGAAAGCCAAGGAGUAUGUGAAGCCUCACGUCAGGCCCGUUAUGCAAGAGCUGCUGCAUAUUGUGAGAGAGACAGAGAACGACGACGUCACGAACGUCAUCCAGAAGAUGAUCUGCGUGUACAGUCAGGAGGUGGCCACCAUCGCGGUGGAUAUGACCCAGCAUUUGGCAGAGAUAUUUGGAAAAGUUCUUCAGAGCGAUGAGUAUGAAGAGGUAGAGGACAAAACCGUCAUGGCUAUGGGGAUCUUGCACACCAUCGACACUAUCUUGACGGUCGUCGAAGAUCACAAAGAGAUAACUCAGCAGUUGGAGAGUAUUUGUCUCCGGAUCAUUGGCCUUGUCUUGCAGAAACAUGUAAUAGAGUUUUAUGAAGAGAUUCUCUCCCUGGCGUAUAGUUUGACUUGCCAGAUGAUUUCCCCGCAAAUGUGGCAGCUGCUCGGGAUAUUAUAUGAAGUCUUUCAGCAAGAUUGUUUUGAAUACUUUGCAGAUAUGAUGCCCCUCCUGCACAACUACGUGACGAUAGACACCGAUACGCUGCUGUCCAACCCGAAGCACUUCGAGCUCAUCUACACUAUGUGCCGAAAGGUGUUGACGGGAGAUGCAGGAGAAGAUGCGGAGUGUCUUGCGGCCAAACUCCUCGAAGUCAUCAUUCUUCAGUGCAAAGGAAGGGGAAUCGACCAGUGCAUCCCCCUGUUCGUGGAGGUGGUGCUGGAGCGGUUAACCCGGGGCGUUAAAACCAGCGAGCUGCGAACCAUGUGCCUGCAGGUUGCUAUCGCGGCGCUGUACUACAAUCCUAACCUGCUCCUACAAACCCUGGAGCAUCUUCACUUUCCGCACAAUCCGGGGCCCAUCACCGCGCAGUUUAUAAACCAGUGGAUGAAUGACACAGAUUGUUUUUUGGGCCAUCACGAUCGGAAGAUGUGUAUAAUAGGACUGAGCAUCCUACUGGAACUGCAAAACCGACCUCCCGCCGUCGAAGCCGUGGUAGGACAGAUCGUCCCCUCCAUCCUCUUCCUUUUCCUGGGCCUGAAACAAAUGUGUGCCACCAGACAACUAAGUCAAGAAGGUCGUGCUAAAGAUGAAAAAGCGGAUGCAGAAGAUAACGAGGAGAUUCCAAGCGAUGAAGAGGAGACCAACGAAACCAGUCAGCUGAUGCAAGAGAAUCUUGGAGGAGACGAAGAGGAAGACGACGAAGAUGAUGACUGGGAUGAGGACGUGUUGGAGGAAACGGCCCUGGAGGGAUUCAGCACUCCUCUGGACCAAGAAAAUAGUGUGGAUGAAUAUCAGUUUUUUACACAAUCCCUACUAACUGUUCAGAGUCGGGAUGCCGCUUGGUACCAUUCGUUGCUAGCCCCGCUCAGCGAAGACCAGAAGAAAGCAUUGCAGGAGAUCUGUACGGUGGCGGAAUACAGAAGAAGUGCUGCAGGAACAAAGAAUACUGCUCAACAACAGUGGCUUCACAUCUGAGGGCAAGGGACCGUUCGACUUGGGAACUCUACCUGGCGACUACUCGAGAAAGGAACUGCAAGAGACUGAAUUUUAUCAUCGCAUUUUAUUUCGCGACGGCUGUUGACUUGGGGAGCGUCAAAGGAGAGCAAAAUGAAGGAAGUUUUCCUUUGAAGUGUCCUGCUGUUCCAGCUUCCACUUGGCAUCCGACGGCACUUCCCUUUCCCUUCUCUCCCCCUCUUCUUUCCCCUCUCCCCGCUCCUGUAACGCGUGAAGUUUUUUUAAACGCUGGUCUGCGCAGGUCAAAUCUCCGCCUCCAAAGGAUACCUGGCUCGGACGGGUUUAAAAGGUUCAAUCCAUUUGCACUUCUCAGGUAUUUGCCACGCAGAACUGAUGGAUUCCCAAGGGUCACAGUGCCUUCUGUCGUACUUGGAUUGCCUGAAACAAGUGAACUUGCGGAGUGCAUCGUAACUUUUUCUAAAAACGCGUUAAGGACACCUUUCUAGAUCGACUGUAAACCCGGGUUCCGUGUUUUCUCCGGUGAAUCCGCACUUGAUGACGUGAAUCUGCCCGGCCUUUCCAUCCGGAUCACUCUGGCCUCCAGAGUGUUUCCAGGCCCCUGCCCAGAGCCGACCUCUUAGGAUAACGGGCGGCUGCUUCUGAGGUAGUGAACUGAACACUGGGACUGUUGAGGACUCUUCUUCUUAAACAGCUUGGUCUGGUGUGUCGAGAACCUUCCGCUCUUUCCGUGACCCCGCUCCUUCCCUUCACCUGCAGGUUUAGGGGGCCGGCCAAAGCUACUUUCCGUGAGCUUAGGAAAGAGAGGUCAGGCUCGGGACUCAUCUGGCAUCACAGAACCGGGGGUUUUCGAGGGGGUCGGGAAGAGAAUUUGGAUGAACCGGCGAGAGCCCCUCAGCCCAAAAUGGGCAGGAGCGCUCCGAUUCUCACAACCUGCCUUUCUGGAUACGGGGUCCGUCCUCUCGUUAUUCCGGCUGUAUUAAAGAAAGCACUGAGGUAAAAAGAUUUUGGAGCAAUCCUUUCCCCUAGGAAAAAGGCAACAGCAACCUCCACCCUCUCCUUUGGGAGAUCCGAAUUUCCCUCUGUAGCCAACUCUCCCGCCCUCGCCUUGUCGUAACGUUAUUCCCGGGGCUAGAUGGUUGCUCAUUCGCCCGCGUGCGUUCUCGUGUCUCGACUUUCUGAAUCUCACCUCCCCCGCGGCGGUGGGGCUUAGGCAAUCAGACCCGUUUUCUGUACUGGGGAGAGACUAGGACGUACUGCAAUAGGGACUCUUCCUUUUCCGCGAUGAAAAUGGAAAAUCAGACCAUUAUUUUUUGGGACGGGCGGUUAACAAAUCGAUCUGAACUCUCGAUCCGCACGCACUCGACGUGGAAUACCUCUCUUCACGGAGAACCUGCGCCACCGAAUCCCUUUCCUGUCCGAUCCCGAAGUAAAUUUCCGCGCUCCGUGGCAUUUUGAUCCGGCGAUUCUGUUCCCUCUCUGUUAGGCGGUGGGAGGAGGUGAUCAAGUGCUUCUACUGGCAAUAAACGCGAGUUGUUUCGUCCCGUUUGGAAGGGAAUUCCGUCGGUCAGAUUUUUAGGGCUCGUCGUACUCUGCCUCCCCUUACGUAUGGUUCUCUUUAAAUGUGACGAAUAAUAUGCCUUCCCCCAUGAUGGGAAGGAGGCAAAGGGAUCUUCUUCCCGUUUUAUAGUCUGCUCGUUCUGUGUUUAAAGGGAGAGGACGCAAAUGUGCGUUUAUUUGUCUUGUUUUUGAAGCCGGGGUAGUUGUGAAACUUAGGUACCAGCAGUACGAAACUGAAUUUGAUCUGAUUACCCUUGGAAAUGCAGAAUCUUUUGAAUGUAUUGUAAAAUAAAAUCGAGACCGAUAACCAGAA